CCUCUUCCAGAACCGGGCCGUGCCCCGGAAGCAGUUGUUGUUGGUUGGGGGCCUUUUGGCCGGUGACGGAGACUGCCCAGGUGUGGUCACCAUGUUCCUCUCCGCGGUCUUCUUUGCCAAGAGCAAGUCAAAAAACAUUCUGGUGAGAAUGGUGAGCGAAGCUGGGACAGGUUUCUGCUUCAACACCAAGAGAAACCGACUGCGGGAAAAACUGACUCUUUUGCAUUACGAUCCAGUUGUGAAACAAAGAGUCCUCUUCGUGGAAAAGAAAAAAAUACGCUCCCUUUAAAUGGUGGAUUGAAAAUGACUUUGAUUUAUAAAGAGAAGACUGAGGGCGGGGAUACUGAUUCAGAAAUCCUGUAGCGUGUAAUAAAAGAAGAGGAAAUGGCAUGGAAUCACUGCCUCCUGUGAUUUGAAGGCCAUUGUGAAGGAAAACAAUGCAGUGAAAGAAAGUUCUUCAUAUUAGGACAGAUAUCAUUGCAUCACAUUUAUUUAUCUUUCUGGGUAUUUUUAUAGCCCUUAAUAAAAAAUAUUAAAAUAGCCUA